AGGGGGGAGGGAAGAAUAGCGUCUUCUUUUUUUUCUCCACUCUUAAAGAGCUGCUUUCUCUUCACCCAAGCCGACCGGCACAAUUGGGACAAACUUGCUGUCUCUCUCUGGCUCUAGCUCUCUCUCAAUAAACCCUCAAGAUUAUGUCAAUUGGUCAGAGCCAGCCGGGGAUUUCGUGUGGGUGCUGAAGGAGCUGCGGGAGCCGGAGAAGAAUGAAACUGCGUGGAGUCAGCCUGGCUGCCGGCUUGCUCUUACUGGCCCUGAGUCUUUGGGGGCAGCCUGCAGAGGCUGCGGCUUGCUAUGGGUGUUCUCCAGGAUCAAAGUGUGACUGUAGUGGUGUUAAAGGGGAAAAGGGAGAGAGAGGAUUUCCAGGUUUGGAAGGCCAUCCGGGUUUACCUGGAUUUCCAGGUCCAGAAGGGCCUCCAGGGCCUCAGGGACAAAAGGGUGAUGAUGGAAUUCCAGGGCCACCAGGACCAAAAGGAAUCAGAGGUCCUCCUGGACUUCCUGGAUUUCCAGGGACACCAGGUCUUCCUGGAAUGCCAGGCCAUGAUGGGGCCCCAGGACCUCAAGGUAUCCCCGGAUGCAAUGGAACCAAGGGAGAACGUGGAUUUCCAGGCAGUCCCGGUUUUCCUGGUUUACAGGGUCCUCCAGGACCUCCUGGGAUCCCAGGUAUGAAGGGGGAACCAGGUAGUAUAAUUAUGUCAUCACUGCCAGGACCAAAGGGCAAUCCAGGAUAUCCAGGUCCUCCUGGAAUACAAGGCCCUGCUGGUCCCACUGGUAUAACAGGACCAAUAGGUCCCCCAGGACCACCAGGUUUGAUGGGCCCUCCUGGUCCCCCAGGACUUCCGGGACCAAAGGGGAAUAUGGGCUUAAAUUUCCAGGGACCCAAGGGUGAAAAGGGUGAGCAAGGUCUUCAGGGCCCACCUGGGCCACCUGGGCAGAUCAGUGAACAGAAAAGACCAAUUGACGUAGAGUUUCAGAAAGGAGAUCGGGGACUUCCCGGUGACCGAGGGCCUCCUGGAUCUCCAGGGAUAUGUGGUCCUCCAGGUCCUCCAGGUGGUGUGAAAGGUGAGAAGGGUGAACAAGGAGAACCAGGCAAAAGAGGUAAACCAGGCAAAGAUGGAGAGAAUGGCCAGCCAGGAAUUCCAGGUUUGCCUGGUGAUCCUGGUUACCCUGGUGAACCAGGAAGGGACGGUGAAAAGGGCCAAAAAGGUGACAUUGGCCCAACUGGGCCUCCUGGACUUGUAAUUCCUAGACCCGGGACUGGUGUUACUGUAGGAGAAAAAGGAAACAUUGGGUUACCUGGCUUGCCUGGAGAAAAAGGAGAGCGUGGAUUUCCUGGACCACAGGGUCCACCUGGCCUUCCUGGACCUCCAGGGACUGCAGUUAUGGGUCCCCCUGGCCCCCCUGGAUUUCCUGGAGAAAGGGGCCAGAAAGGUGAUGAAGGUCCACCUGGAAUUUCCAUUCCUGGACCUCCUGGACUUGAUGGACAGCCUGGGACUCCUGGUCUUCCAGGGCCUCCUGGCCCUCCUGGCCCUCACAUCCCUCCUAGUGAUGAGAUAUGUGAAGCAGGCCCUCCAGGCCCUCCAGGAUCUCCAGGUGAAAAAGGUCUGCAAGGAGAACAAGGAGUGAAAGGUGACAAAGGUGACACCUGCUUCAACUGUAUUGGAACUGGUAUUUCAGGGCCUCCAGGUGAACCUGGUUUGCCAGGUCUCCCAGGUCCUCCAGGAUCUCUUGGUUUUCCUGGACAGAAGGGUGAAAAAGGAUAUGCUGGUGCAACCGGUCCCAAAGGAUUACCAGGCAUACCAGGAGCUCCAGGUGCUCCAGGCUUCCCUGGAUCUAAAGGUGAACCUGGUGACAUACUCACUUUUCCAGGAAUGAAAGGUGAUAAAGGAGAAGUGGGUUCCCCUGGAGUUCCAGGGCUUCCUGGUUUACCGGGCACCCCUGGACAGGAUGGUUUGCCAGGGCUUCCUGGCCCCAAAGGAGAACCUGGUGGAAUUACUUUUAAGGGUGAAAGAGGUCCCCCUGGAAACCCAGGUUUGCCAGGUCUCCCAGGGAAUAUGGGGCCUAUGGGGCCUCCUGGUUUUGGCCCUCCAGGCCCAAUAGGUGUAAAAGGCAUACAAGGUAUGGCAGGAAAUCCAGGCCAGCCAGGAAUACCCG